AUGUUUCGCCGCAUGCCAGCCCUUGAACGCCUCGUCGUCACCGCCGCUUUCCUCCGUUCGACUACCACUCGAUGUUGUGUGCUCGGCCACAACUCGGCGUGUCCGGUUGCAAGUCUGAACAACUUGCAAAGUCUCACAAUCGCAUAUCCCGAUCCCAACGACCGGGUCUUCUCGAUACCACUCGCCAACCUCACCCACCUGUCGCUCCGUGAUUGGCCUCGCCACUAUGACAUUGUAGCCCAUAAAUACUACAGUUGCACUUGGAGGUCGCCCAUCCUUACCGCCACGGAAGCCCUAUCCGCUCUGCAACGCCUUCAAGCCCCCAACCUCAUCACGCUUGAGCUUGUCUACCUUGCGGACAAAGCGGACGACGACCUUCUCUCCUUCAUCGCACACGCAUUCCCAAAGCUACUACAUCUUCAACUACAUCGAUACCGCCAGUCUUCAGACGAGGCCGUGGACCAUCGACACAUCGCACAGACGCUUUCGGCGUCGAAAAGUGCUGUUUGGCUUCGCUUGAACCUGGACUUCCCAGGCGAUCCGGGGGAGUACAACCCCGACGUUGGCAGUAGCGCGCUCGAGCAAUGGCGCCGUCAACUAGCGACAUUCGCAUCGGAAAUCCUGGACAUGUUAGCACCGGACCCGACGCUCAGGGGUAUCGCCCUUUUGUACCACGGAGAACCGCCGAGCAUGUGGGUUUGGUAUUACCGCACACGGCAUGGCAAAAUCCGGCGUGUCUACGAUAGGUCACCCAAGAGACGCGACACAUUCGCUCCGGAGCAUCCCUUCGGAGAGCGGAAGUACAAGGGCGUCGGCCCACGAAUACAGAUAUAA